AUGGAGCCCCGCGCCACGGCUGUCCCAACCGUUUGGGACACCCAUGAAGACAAGGAGAAGGGAAAGACAAGGAAGGCCAACGCAGACGAAGACCAAGGAAAGGACGAGGAGGACGAGGCCGCUGUGACACGGCGUCGGCUGGUGCGUCUUCAGCGGAGCACCCUGGCGUCGUUGGCGCGGACGGAACGGGGGCUGGGCGAGACGGAGGCCAUCGCCGGCGAGACCGCCGCGCUUCUCCACGCGCAAACGGAGCAGAUUGAGGACAUCCACGCGAGGGUGGGGGGCGCCCGCGCGGAGCUCCACCAGGCCGGGCAGGAGCUGCGGGUGUUUAUGCGGCGCCAGAUGCGGGAUCGCGUGGUUGUGUGCAUGUCGGUGGUGAUCCUGCUCUGUCUUCUCGCGACGGUGGUGGUGUCGAUUAUCAGGCAUAAGUGGUGA